AUGGGACUGGAAGAAGAUUUGCAGGCAAAGCCUCCAUGCCACCCCCGAGCAUGUGCAAUCCAAGACUGCUUGAAGAGGAACACGUACAAGGAGGACAAGUGCCAAGGCGUCAUCUACGAGCUCUACGACUGCUGUCAGGCUUUCUACGACCGUAAUGGGGAGAGCGCCAGCGCGGCCAGCUGCCCUAAGCCAGACCUGCUGAAGUUGAAGCUGAAGAUGAGGAAGAAGACGGAGGCUAAGCCUCAAUGA